AUGCGGGCAACCUUGGUGGCCCUUCUCGUCUGCGUGACAACAAUCUUCGCCCAACAGCCAACUCUACCCGAUGUGCCAGGUCUUUCACUCGACGAUAACCCCCCCUGCGCUGGCUUCUACGCAUUACAAACGUUGUAUCAUUCCUGCAUCGACAUCAUCAAGGCAUCGAUUCUCUUCAUGUACCUUCGAAUCUUCCAUCUGCCCGGCGAAAGGAUCACUAUAGCGUUGUGGGUUACGCAGGUCCUCAACCUUAUGAACGGCAUCAUCUUCAUCUUCGUCGGCCUGUUUCAGUGCAAUCCCCUUAGUCUGGCCUGGACAUUUUGGACAGGAGAUGCGACUGGAAAGUGUAUCGACAUCGUCUACCUCGCGCUGGCACACGCCGGUAUCAACAUCGCGCUUGACGUUUGGAUGCUGGUUCUUCCUCUGACCCAAGUUUGGGGCAUGAACCUGGCUCGCCGCAAGAAGUUUGCCAUCAUGUUCAUGUUCAGUCUCGGUCUGUUUGGCCAUGAUGCCAAGCGUCAUUUGGACGGACCUUGA